AUGGUGGGAACCAACUACCAAUAUGAUAAGCUGCCUCAGGGCCGCUGGUUUCGCUUGCUGCACAUCCACCCCGGACUGGCGGAUGACCCGCUCGUAUGCGACUUGGUCACGGUCGACUUGGACAGCAGCAUUCCGUACAAAGCCUUGUCAUAUGUCUGGGGAGACCCGAACGUUCUCGCCGAAGUCACUUGCUCAGGGUCGCAGCGCCAGGUCACAGUCAAUCUAUUUGACGGACUACAGCAUUUGAGGAGCCCGGACCGAGUGGAGACGGUAUGGGCUGACGCCAUCUGCAUCAACCAAGGCGAUAACGACGAGAAAGCGCACCAAGUCAACCUCAUGGGCGUCAUCUAUGACCGCGCCGCAGAGGUCGUCGUGUGGCUAGGAAAGGACCCGGGCAAUCUCGCGGAGUCAGCUUUCGAAGGGCUGAGAACAGUCAACGCAGCGAUCCAGAACGGCACUCACAUGAUCGAAUCGGUUGUUCCGGGAGCAGCCCUCAGAAUGCCAAAGGGAGACGGAUCUCAAGAGUCCUCUUCCUUUCCCGUCCAGCAACGAAGGAGCAACUUGCGGGACAUUCUGAAGACACACUAUCUCCGAGGGAUUAAGGAGCUGUUUCAACUCGCCUGGUUCACACGCGUGUGGGUGCUUCAAGAGGUCGGGUUGGCAACCGAAGCCACGGCGUUCUGGGGAGACUCCCACGUCGGCUUCAGCGAGAUCGCCAUGUUCAUUCUCUUCUCCAUGACCGACGAGCACAUGGACUACGCUCUCGGACAGGACGUCAAAGACAUCAUUUCCGGAUCUCCGUAUUAUGCUUUCUGGAGCGUGUGGUCAACCUACAACAAAAGGGACUCUUGGGUAACGCGCUGCCCGUCACUCAAGGCGUACUCGGAAUACCAAGCGGCUGAGUGUCGGAUCGAUUUUCUCGUCGUUCUCGAGGCGUCGAGACGGUUCAACGCCACAAAUGCUUUAGACCAUGUCUUUGCGUUUCUUGGACAUCCGAAGGCGCUGGUACCUACGACCAACACGACUCUCGUUCAAGCAGACUACAAUAUCCCCCUAGAGACCCUUCACGGCGUUGUAGCCAGCCGCCUGGCCGAACAGUCUCUCAACUUCUUGGUCCAGGUCCAGAACCAGCCAGCAAACCUCAAAUCGGAUUGCACUGCUCCUUCGUGGAUCCCGGCAUGGAACGUCGACAACCCGGACUCCCCAAAUGCAUUCUGGGAAGCAUGGGACGCCAGCCUGCGCGCGACAACGCGUCCUUCAUUCGAAGCCCAAGCAGCUGGCGGCAGGCUCCAUGUCUCUGCCCUAUUGUUUGAUACGGUUGCCUGCUACAACGACAGAAUGGAGAAGUCGGCUUUUGAUCGGUCAACAUCAGGGCCUGGGCGUCUGGCCGAACAAUGCUGGGCGCUUACGGAGGAAUCUGCAAAGACAAGGCCGCAUGUGUACGGAGACGACGCGCUGUUGUCCUUUGCCCUAACUCUCAUCUGCCAUCACAGGAGCAACAAUACGGGCAGGGCGGAGCUCGAAAGCCUACUUGCAUUGUUCGUUCGAUUCUGCGCCGUUUACAAUGGUGACUUUUGGAAGUCCAAGUUGGAACAUCUCGGCAUCUCGUUCCUAAACACGCCCCCGAUGGGCGAACGGCGCAUCGUGGCCCAGUUCCAAGACUACGGGACGAACAGGAGGUUCUUUGUGAGCAGUGGCGGGUACUGGGGUCUCGGCCCUUCCCCCAUGCAAGAGGGAGAUAUAUGCGCCAUACUGUUCGGCGCAGACGUCCCUUUCAUCCUGAGACCGACGGCCGAAGAAGGUCAAUAUCGGCUUGUUGGCCAAGCCUACAUAAGCGGCGUCAUGUAUGGCGAGUUGGUCCAGAACUUGGAGAUGGGGAAAGCCAGCUACGAGAAAGAGAACAUUUGCCUGGUUUGA